CCCAAACCUAAACCAAACUCACCUUGUCACCCGCCGGUUGCUGCGGAAAAUAACCACAAAAAAGGCAUUUUGCACUUGGUCCACAACCAAACGACUUAUCGCCAGGGUAUUCUAUCUCGAGGCCACCAGCUGCACGCGCAAUCCAUUCCUGCCGUCUUAGCCGCUUGCGUCAGUUCCGUCGCCUGCGUUCCCCGCAACGUGCCUCUCCACCUGCAUCGCCUUCUCUCCGAUCCGAUACCAAGACCAAGUAGACCGCAACUUGCCAUGCCAGCAGUUUCUAGUGAGCACGACGUGCAUUUUCUCCAUGCGCGAGAAUGGCAAAAGACCGUUGGCAACUCGGGCAUGACGCCUACUGCAUUUAGCUUCUUGAUUCCUGUAUUUGUCGUGGCUAUCAUAGCGCCUUUUCUAUGCAUCUUUUGCAUUCGCAAACGACGGCGAACACAAAUUCCUGUCACAACACGACCAACAACAAAAGUCAAGAAGCCUGCGCUUAGACGAGAAGAAGCAAGAGAGAAGCUCAAAGAAGUCACUGAGAUAUCUUCGCAAGCAAGCGAUGUCGGAGAGGAAAACCGAGAGAGGCCCGAUGGAGAAUCCCAGUCUAUAUCUGAAAAAGAGUGUGCCAUAUGUCUCUCAGUCCUCUACCCACCAUCGCCGCCAGAGCCUGCAAAACUCUCACCAAAAACACCUAAUGCCGACAUUCCCGCACCUUCAUCCGAUCAACCCCAAUCCACUAGCCCAACCACUGCCACUGCCACCCCUCCUACCUCCACCCCCCAAUCCGACUCGGAACCCAUCCUCAAACUCACCGUCUGCUCUCAUGAAUUCCAUGCCGAAUGUCUCAUAUCCUGGUUCGUCCUGCGCAAAACCAGCUGCCCCAUCUGCCGCUCCAUGUAUAUGAGCAAAGAGGAAAUGGACAAAUAUGAGGAGGAAGAGCAAAUCGCCCUCGGCGGCACUCCCUCCACCACCAUCGCAACGCCUACCCCGGAUCUUGAAGCGCAGCAGACGGCAACGCAGCCCGAAGCAACGGCUACGGUGCGCAACUGGCAGUACUUUUUGUACGGCCGUGAUGCGUAUCGGCAUGCGAGGGAGAGACAGACUAGGGUGCAGACGCAGAGUCAACCUGCCGUCGAGAUGCAAACUCAGACUGCGACCGGUGGCGAGGAGAGCCAGCAACCUGAUACUGAGGCUGCGCCUGCGGCUGCUGAAGCGACACAGCAACCGGAGCAGCCGGCUAGAUCGAGAUGGCAACGAUUGCUCAGACGGGGUUGAUAUCGUAUCAGCCCUACGACAUGACCUAUACGACCCCGAUCUUUGAUGAGAAAUUUUCACGUUUACCCAUUGUAUAUCGGUUUUUCUCUCUCUCCCUAUUCCUCUCCGUUCUUUUCUGGGAAUUAAAUACUAUGAAUGAGUUGUCUAUGGAUAUAUGAUUUGGGGAGGUAUUGUAUUUUAUUUGUAUUUUAUUCACCGUUUGCACAGAGUUCGAGAUACCCAGAAAUGGUUUUCUUUUUUUUUUUGCUAUGAUUAGAUGUUUAUUGUUGUUAUGGAAAGUCAUGGUAUCGGGUAAAUUGUACAGAAUGUAUCAUAACGCACAUAUGGAAUAAGGUAUUCCUUACCAAGGAAAAAUCAAUUGUUAGGCGAAGACAUGCACGC